AUGAAAGGGAUGCCAUUUGGAAUUGGUAACUUAACCAAUCUUCGAAGACUAUCAGAUUUUGUUUUGGGCAAAGGUGAUGGACAUCAUAUACAAGAGAUGAAGAAUUUGUUAAAUCUGAAGGGUAAGCUUCGUAUCUCAGGGUUAGAGAACGUUGUUAAUGCUCAAGAUGCAUGGGAGGCUAAGUUAAUAUAUAAGUCUGGCCUUGGCACAUUAGAACUAAAGUGGAGUAGAGAAUUUGACAAUAAUAGAAAUAAAGAAGUUGAAGGAGAGGUGUUGAACUUGCUUGAACCUCACAGAGAGCUUGAGAAGCUCCGCAUUUGGAAUUAUGGUGGUACAAAAUUUCCGAUUUGGAUGAAUUCUUCAUUAAAAAAUUUGUCGUCUUUGGUUCUCGAGGGCUGUAAAAAUUGUGUAUCACUGCCAUCACUUGGAAAAUUACCGUUACUGAAGAAUCUUUUUAUUGUUGGAAUGGAUGAGUUAAAUAAGGUUGGCAUUGAGUUCUACGGGGAGAAUCAAUCAAAUGCAUUUGCUUCGUUACAGAGUUUGAGCUUUUGGGAUAUGCCAAGAUGGAAGGAAUGGGACUUGGUUGAUGAGCAAGUUGUGAAAUUCCCUAGCCUCGUCGAGCUUUCCAUCCAUAACUGCCCUCAAUUGUUGGGAACGUUGCCUAACCGUCUUCAUUCCUUAAAGAAGCUUGAAAUUUAUGACUGUGCACAAAUGGUGGUUUCACUUUCAGACCUUCCAAAGCUGUCUGAAUUACAAAUAGAUGAGUGUGCAGAGUUGGUGCUUAGAGAUGAUGCAAACUUUCGCUCAAUAAAAAAAGUCUGUCUUUCAAAUGUUGUAAAGUUUUCUACUCCAACAGAAAGGCUGGUAUCAACAUCAACAACAUUGGAGCGUUGUGAGAUUUAUGAUUGUGAGGGAUUGACAUAUUUAUCGCUAAAGAAGUUGGGACUGUUGGGAUCUGUUUGUAAAUUGGAAAUUUUUCGAUGUCCACAACUUGUGUUGUUAGAGCCAGAUGAGGUAGAGGAGGCAGAAGAGGAGCUGUUUCAAGUUGGGAAUCUUUGUAAUAUUGAAUCUUUGACAAUAUGGGAAAGUGGUCUCAAUAUGGAAUCUUUGAGAAUAAGAAAGCAUUUCCUCUCAUUUCUUACAGAGAUGGAAAUUAGAAACUGCCCGAACAUGGUUUGUUUUGCAAAGAACAACUUACCCCCACUUUUGAAGAAGUUGAGGAUUGAAAGUUGCGAGAAUUUGCGAUGUUUGGUGGAUGCAGGAGAAAAUAUAAGCAUCAGCAACAAACAAACAGAAGUACUACAGUGCCCUGAAUAG